GCCCAGAUCCUCAAUCUGAUCAAGGACAUCCAGGCCGAGCACGACACCGGCGUGCUGUUCAUCACCCACGACUUCGGGGUGGUCGCCGACAUCGCCGACCGGGUGGUGGUGAUGCAGACCGGCCGGGUGGUGGAGGAGGGGCCGACGGAGCGGCUCCUGCGCGCGCCGCAGCAUGACUACACCCGCAUGCUGAUCUCCUCCGUGCCCAGCCUGACGCCGCAGCACGCCGACCGCGCGGACCGCGGCCAGGUCGUGCUCUCGACCCGCGACCUCAACAAGGUCUACGGCGGCCACGGCUUCUUUCAGAAAAGCCGCGAGGUGCAUGCCGCCAAGGACGUCAACCUGGAGGUGCGCAAGGGCGAGACCCUGGGCAUCGUCGGCGAGUCCGGCUCCGGCAAGUCGACCGUGGCGCGUUGCAUCGUGCGGCUGAUCGACCCCAGCAGCGGGCAGAUCUUCAUCGACGACGACGAAAUCGCCCAGCUUCCCACCCGGCUGCUGCGCCACCACCGGCGCCGCGUCCAGAUCGUCUUCCAGGACCCGUACCGCUCGCUCAACCCGCGCCGCUCGGUCGGGCAGUCGAUCGUCGAGGGGCCGAUGAACUUCGGCCUGUCCAAGCGCGAGGCCUGGGCGCGGGCGCGCGAGCUGAUGAGCCUGGUCGGGCUCGACCCCAAGGCGGUCGACCGCUUCCCGCACCAGUUCUCCGGCGGCCAGCGCCAGCGCAUCUGUAUCGCCCGCGCCCUGGCCAUGGAACCGGAGGUGCUGGUGGCCGACGAGGCGGUCUCGGCGCUCGACGUCUGCGAUUCCGUGGCGGUGAUGCACCGCGGUUUGGUGGUCGAGUACGGGCGGACCGCCGCGCUCUUCGCCAAUCCGCAGCAUGCCUACACCAAGAGCCUGUUCGACGCGGCGCCGGGCCGGCACUGGGACUUCGGCGCCUUCGAGGAGGCCAAGGCGGUCGAGGCGGCAACCUGA